CAACCCUACCCGACCCAUCGUCUACGAACGACUCCUGCGUUUCGCCCUUCUUCCCAAUCAUCUUCCCUGCCCUCCGUUGGAAUCUCAGUUCAUCCCCUCCGUUGACUGUUGCUCAUGAGCAUGGAGCUUGUGGAGUGCUGCUUAACUCAAGGAUUGCUCUUUCCUUUGCAACUGGGAUAUGUUUUUGAGAGGGGGAAUUCAGGGUGGCAUUUUGGGUGUUUAUAUGUACUGGCAUGUUUACACACUCGGAAGAGCCUUUCAUCUGUAAAAUAUUAGGCAGGAUGAGGAAAUCUACUUUUAAUUCAAAAAUUUAUAGCUUUGGAGCAAAUGAGCAUGGAGCUUGUGGAGCGCUGCUCAAUUGGAGGGGUUGCUUGUUCGGUUUGCUUUAGAGUUUUUUGAUUUUGUGUAUAACUCUGCCAGUCAUACAAAUUGAUAAGAAUUUAUAUACCAAAUUAUUAUUCUGCAGGCUUUCAUGGUAAUGGGUUUUCACUUUAUUACUGUAUUUGUUUAGUCUUGCAGUGAUCCCCCCACAGUUGACGAUGAGUAGUCGUAUUUCUCGUUCAAUCUAUGUGGGAAACCUUCCUGCUGACAUCAAAGAAUAUGAAAUUGAAGAUUUGUUCCAUAAGUAUGGGCGUAUUUUGGACAUCGAACUGAAAAUCCCCCCUCGCCCUCCAUGCUAUUGUUUUGUAGAGUUUGAUCACCCCAAAGUUGCAGAGUCUGCUAUCAGGGGUCGAGAUGGCUACAACUUUGAUGGCUGUCGAUUGAGGGUUGAGCUUGCUCAUGGUGGUAGAGGCCCCUCAUCUUCAAGCGACCGUCGUGGUGGAUAUAGUGACCGGGGAAGCGGUGGUGGUGGUGGAGGUGGUGGAGGGCGCCAUGGCACUUCUCGCCAUUCUGAGUUUCGGGUUAUUGUGCGAAGUCUUCCAGAUUCAGCUUCCUGGCAGGAUUUGAAAGACCAUAUGCGAAAAGCGGGUGAUGUAUGCUUUGCCGAGGUUUACAAUGAGCGGGAAGGAACCUAUGGUCUGGUUGAUUAUACAAACUAUGAGGAUAUGAAAUAUGCUAUUCGGAAACUUGAUGAUACAGAAUUCAAGAACCCAUGGGCUAGGACAUACAUUCGGGUGAGAGAAUUCAAGCGCAAUUCAUCAAGGAGCAGGAGCCGCAGUAGGAGCCGUAGCAGAAGCAGGAGCAGGAGCAGGAGCCGCAGCAGGAGUAGAAGCAGGAGCAGGAGCCCAAGGAGGAGGAGGAGCAGGUCAGCCGACAAAUCUGAUUCAAGGUCGCCACGCUCACACUCUAAGUCUCCUUCACCCAUCAAGCCAUCGCGACCUAUAUCCAGGUCAAGGUCAAGGUCUAAGUCGGGUUCUAAACCAAGAUCAGUGUCGGCUUCUCCUCGUCAGGGACAAGCAAACAGUGGCUGAUUUUGUGAGGAACAAGACUUCGCAUCGGGUCGAAUGCAGUGCGUUUUUUGCCUAAUCAUUGUGUUUGUUUAAGGCUGUCUGAACUUUAUCAAAUGGACCAUUGUUAGAAUUGAGAUUCUACUGAGAUUGAGGUCUGUUCUACUGGUCAACAUUUACUUUGUUGUCAUCAUUUGGUGUCUGGUUGUUUAAGACUGGAGCUUUCUUGUCAUAAUUGGUGUUUUGGAUCUAUUUUCGUUCUAUGCCAUACAAUCUUUGGUUUGUCCUACAUAAAAUUAGUUUCUUAUC